AUGACCAUCGAACAAGCCCAUUUAAACGGCUCUACAGCUGAAAACGAUGGCACCAAUCAGGUUUCCAGCUCCGCCCUUCCUCUCGUAAAAAAGCUGUCCAAAGACCACGAUCUGGUCCUCAAGACAUUCCGCCUGCUCGUCGCGGAUCUGUGCCAGCAGUUCAAUGGGGGGCAUCCUGGCGGAGCAAUUGGCAUGGCGGCCAUCGGGGUGGCCUUGUGGAGGUAUGUGAUGCGAUACGCGCCGCAUACGCCGGAUUACUUUAAUCGCGAUCGGUUUGUGCUGUCGAAUGGCCAUGCAUGCCUCUUCCAGUACGUCUUCCUCCACCUCACCGGCUACAAGGCCAUGACCUUCGACCAGCUCAAGUCCUACCACUCGGACCGCGUCGAUGCCCUCUGUCCCGGACACCCGGAGAUCGAGCACGAAGGUAUCGAAGUGACGACCGGCCCUCUCGGCCAGGGCGUCGCCAACGCUGUCGGCCUGGCCAUGGCCACGAAACACCUCACGGCGACAUACAACCGGCCGGGCUACGAGGUCGUCUCCAACCACACGUGGUGCAUGGUCGGCGAUGCCUGCCUGCAGGAAGGCGUCGCGCUGGAGGCCAUCUCUUUCGCUGGUCAUCUCCGCCUGAACAACCUGACUGUCAUCUACGACAACAACCAGAUCACCUGCGACGGCUCCGUCGACCUGACCAACACCGAGGAUGUCAACGCCAAGAUGCGCGCUUGCGGCUGGGACGUGAUCGAUGUUGAAGACGGAUGCUUCGACGUCGAAGGAAUUGUCCAGGCUUUGGAGCAGGCGCGCGCAUCGAGCGACAAGCCGACGUUCAUCAACGUCCGGACGAUCAUCGGCCUGGGGAGCAAAGUCGCAGGCACAGCUGAUGCCCACGGAGUGGCCUUUGAGGCCGAAGACGUCGCUGCGCAGAAGAAGGCCUACGGAUUCAACCCGGACGAGUUGUUUGUCAUUUCCGACACCGUGCGCGAGUUCUUCGCCGACCUCCCUGCCCGGGGAGAGGCUCUGGUGCAGGAAUGGAACAAGCUGGUCGAUGAAUACUCGGCGAAAUACCCCGACCUGGGCGCCGAGUUCCGCAGACGCAUACGCGGAGAGCUCCCUGCCAACUGGAAGGACUUGAUUCCGACCAGCUUCCCCGACAAACCGACUCCUUCGCGCGCGUCGUCCGGACUCGUGUUCAAUCCCGUCGCAAAGGAGAUCAAUUCCUUCGUCGUGGGGACGGCCGAUCUGUCGCCGUCGGUGAAUAUGGCCUGGCCUGGCAAGGUGGACUUCCAGCAUCCCGACCUGCGAACGACCUGCGGCCUCAACGGCAACUACUCCGGGCGAUACAUCCACUACGGCGUGCGCGAGCAUGCCAUGUGCGCGAUUGCCAACGGUCUGGCGGCGUUUGCCCCCAACACCAUCAUCCCCGUCACAUCCUCCUUCUUCAUGUUCUAUCUGUACGCUGCUCCCGCCGUGCGGAUGGGCGCGCUACAGCAGCUCCAGAUCAUCCACGCCGCGACACACGACUCCAUCGGCAUGGGCGAGGACGGGCCCACGCACCAGCCCAUCGAGCUGGCCAGUCUGUUCCGCUCCAUGCCCAAUCUGCUGUACAUCCGGCCCGGCGACAGCGAGGAAACGGCCGGCGCGUGGAUCGUCGCCAUCGAGGCGAAGCGCACGCCCACCAUCAUCUCGACGUCGCGACAUGCGGUGCCGCAGCUCAAGCAGACGCGACGGGAGGGCGUCGCCCGAGGCGCCUAUGUGCUGGAAGAAGUCGCCGACAAGAGAGCGGACGUGACGCUGAUCGGCGUCGGGGCGGAGCUUUCCUUCGCGGUCGAAGUCGCGCAGCAGCUGAAGAAGAGGAACAUCGCAGCCCGCGUCGUGAGCUUCCCCUGCCAGCGUCUGUUUGAGCAACAGCCCGUCGAGUACAGGCGGGAGACGCUGCAGCGACACCGCGGCAUCCCGGCGGUCGUGAUUGAGCCUUACACCCCGAACGGAUGGGAGCGGUAUGCGGACGCGGGGAUUUGUCUGAAGCGGUUUGGACACAGUCUGCCGGGGAAGGCGGCGUACAAGUUCUUUGGGUAUGAGAUUGAUGUGCUGACGGGCAAGGUGGUGGAUUAUCUGGAGAGAAUACGGGAAGAUGAGUUGUUGAGGAGGGAGUUUGUGGAGCUGUAA